AUGCCUAAAAGAACCCAAAAAGAUAUUGAAAGAGAAGAGCAUUCAGAAUCUGAUAUUUCGCUCUCAUCCAGCGAUGACGAAGAACUGAGGGAUGAGGUCGAUACCGUUAAUGUGGACUUCGAUUUCUUUAACUUAGAUCCCAAGGCAGAUUUCUCGGCUACCAAGAACUUCUUAAGGCAGCUUUUCCAGGGGGAUUCACUUCUUUUCCCCCUCUCUGAGAUGGCAGACAUUUUACUUUCAACCAAUCAAGUGGGAACAACUGUUAAGACUGAUGGUAAGGAUAGCGAUCCGUUCUCUAUAAUUUCCGUGACGGGGUUGACGGAUAAUCUAUCAAAAGACCCCGUGAAGAAGUUGAGUCAAUAUUUAUUUGAAAAGACGGGGAAGCACCCCCAGUUCAAUGCCAUGUUGCGCCAACUUUUGUCACCUUCCUCAAAACGAAAAUUGGCCCUAAUUUUCUCUGAAAGAUUGAUCAAUAUGCCUGUUGAAACUGCCCCUCCAAUGUACAGAAUGCUAAUGGAAGAAAUAGAUAAGGCAGGAUUUAAAUAUGACUACUUUUUAAUUCCAUCCAGAGUAUAUCAGAUGAUUGACUCUGAAGUUGACAAGGAACUGAAUGAUGACGGUGAGGAUGAUUGUCACAAAAAACGUUCCAAGAAGAAUAAGGAGAAGAUUUCUGAGUUUGAAUAUUAUCACUAUGAGGACGAGGUAUUGGAGAGCCACGCUCUUCAUCACGCAUUCUUUGACUAUACUAAAAAGGGUAUCAAUCCUGAUGCGAGAAGAGUAUUCAAUGACUAUGCUGUUGUCCCAAAGCUCAGCUUAAUUCUCAUUGGAAAGAAUUCCUUAGAAACGGCCACGCAAGAUAUGUCUGAAAAGUUCGCUGCUUAG